CUUUAGGGUUUAAGAGCAGAAAGGGUUUUUGUGCUCGUUGUUUCUGUUUUUUCUAUUCGUAUAUCGUCUCCAUUUCUGAAUUUCCUUACUCGCAUUCCAUUAUGUGGGCAAUUCGAAGAGCCUCCGUCCGUAUCAAGUCCCAACCUUUUUCAUCAGUAACUUUCCGUGCUUCCUCUGCUAAAUUUGAAACAACAAGUCCCAGUUACACUAACAACACUAAGUUCAGUGAGCUACCACCACUUGUAUCCAACAGAUCCCUACCAAUAAAUAGAUUUUAUUCCCAGACACAUGGCAAUCAAAGCUUCUUGAUCGGGAAUCAUAGCUUUUCCUCACAGGCUGGAACAGAGAGUAGUGGGGAAGAAGAUGAUGGUCAAAACAAUAGUUUUUCUUUUAAUGAUAUUAGUGACAGUGGACUGAUUUCUGAAGCUGACAAGUCUGAAUCUGAAUCUGAAUCUGAAGAUGAUGAUAUUGCUGUGAAAGAGCCUGAAAAUGAGCGGAAUUUAUCAGAUAACGAGGAAGAAGAAGAAGCUUUAGAAACAAAAGGUGAAGAAAGAAGAGGUCCUUCAGGAUUGUUUAAGGUUAUGGUAAAUUCUUCAUCAAUGGCUGCUGCUAAAAAAGCUCUAGAUAAGUGGGUUGAAGAAGGAAAUGAUCUAUCUAGAUCAGAAAUAUCAGGUGCAAUGUUUGAACUCAGAAGGCGAAGGAUGUUUGGAAAGGCCUUACAGCUAUCAGAAUGGUUAGAGGGACAAGAAAAAGUAGAAUUCGGGGAGAGAGAUUAUGCAUCCCGUGUUGAUUUAUUCGCGAAAACCCGUGGAUUACAAAAAGCUGAAAGCUACAUCGAGAAGAUUCCGGAAGCUUUUCGAGAUUAUUAA